CCAAGACACAGACUACAGUGAUUGUCGUACAGUAGAGAAGAAAGCUUCAAGCUAGCCUGGGCAUGGAAGGCGAACAGGUGGCGGUCGUACCGAGAGACGCGCGCUAUACAGACAUCACGCCCGAUAACACCCACACCGCUGUUGACGAAACCGCGCAAGCUGUCAAGAAACGACGACCGGCGCGACGCCAAGCAGAAGGCCGACGUGCUGGUGCUCAUGGCGGUAGUGGUGGUGUGGCUGCACCGGGACAAGUGUAUAAUAUCUGGUACAGUGCGUGGUCUGGUGGUGAUCGUGAAGAUCGACUUGCAUCAGAAGCGAAAGCAGAGAAUGACAUGGGCGGUGUAGGCUCUUUCCUACGGCAAAACCAUACCCUCUACGUCGGUCGCAUCACGACCACCAACGAUAUCGAGGAACAGGUGGCGAAUGCCUUUUGCGUUUGGGGACAAGUCGAACGGAUUCGCGUACUCAACUCACGAGGCAUUGCAUUCGUCACCUACUUACAUCAACAUUCAGCAGAAUUUGCAAAAGAGGCUAUGGCGCAUCAAUCACUUGCAUCAGACGAAGUCCUUAAUGUUCGCUGGGCCUCUCAAGAUCCAAAUCCACAAGCAGCAGAGCGGGAUGCGCGUCGGGCAGAGGAACAAGCGGCUGCUGCGAUUCGGAAAGUCUUGCCUGCUGCGUUCCUUGCUGAGCUGGAAGGUUCAGCGCACGGUGGGAAGCGGAAGAGGGAGGAUUUCGGGUUGGAAGGGUAUCGUCCGCCGGAUGCAGUUUGGUUUCAACGCGGUCAAGGAGCCGUCAAUCCUGCUGGGCGGACAGAAGGUAGCCAAGAGGCAAAGCGUAUUGAAGUGGGAGAUGGACAGGAAGAAGAAGUGGAAGAACAAAGCACAGGGAUUGUGGGUGGCCGAGCAUUGCAGGCACUCAAACAGCUGCAGGAACGGAAGGCAGCGAGUCCCGUGGUCAAGCAACCGCCAAGACCAGCCAAGAAGCCGGCCUUGGUUGCGUAUGAUAGCGACGAGGAGUAGUCAUGUAACAACAAAGCAUAUAGCAUAGCAC